AUGGCCGCCACCAAACACUCCAUCGCCGACAGCGAGGAGGCAAGCCGCCCAGUAAAAAAGUCCAAGACCGUCCACAAUGAAGGAGUUUCCGAGAUGGUGCGCUUAAGGCAGGAGAGGAAAGAAAAGAAGGAACAGAAGAGGGAAAAGAAGAAGGCUCGUAAGGAAGCGAAGAAGAAGCUCAAUGUGGCCAAACACGCCAAGAAACAGGCUCAAGAGGACUCCGAGCCUGUCGUUGACGAGAAAGAGGAGGAAGAGAAGGAGACGUCCGAGCCCAAGAAGGAAAAGAAGGAGAAGAAGGAGACGUCCGAGCCCAAGAAGGAAAAGAAGGAGAAGAAGGAGACGGCCGAGCCCAAGAAGGAAAAGAAGGAGAAGAAGAACAAGGCCGCGAGCGCACCGGCCCCGUCUAGUGCCAAUGGCUACGAACAGACUGCUGCCCUAAACGGCGUGGCGCAAGCCGAUAUUGACGCUUUCCUCGAGACCGAGCAAAUCACCAUUACCGACCCCAAGUCGAGCGAAGCCACGCUGCGGCCCAUUCUCGACUUCGCCCACCUCCCGCCGACCGACCUCUUGACUAAGAAGGGCUCGCCCUUUGCCAACUACAAGGCCCCUACACCCAUCCAGGCUGCCUCUUGGCCCUUUACCCUCUCCGGGCGCGACGUUGUCGGCGUCGCAGAGACGGGCUCCGGAAAGACAAUGGCCUUUGCGCUGCCUUGCGUGAAGGCCGUCGCCGCCAUUGGCAAGCGCGGUACCAAGGCAGUCAUUGUCUCGCCGACCCGCGAGCUCGCCAUGCAGACGCACGAGCAGCUGGCUGCGCUCGCCACGCUCGCCGGUCUGAGCUGCGUGUGCCUCUACGGCGGCUCGUCCAAGGACGAGCAGCGCGCGCUGAUUAACCGCGGCGCGGACAUCAUCGUCGCCACGCCCGGCCGUCUCAAAGACUUCAUGUCGGACGAUACCGUCGACCUGAGCGGCUGCCAGUUUGCAGUUCUCGACGAGGCGGACCGCAUGCUCGACAAGGGAUUCGAGGACGACAUCAAGCAGAUCCUCGGCAGCUGCCCGCCGCGCGAGAACCGCCAGACGCUCAUGUUCACCGCGACCUGGCCGUUUUCCGUGCAGACGCUGGCCUCUACAUUCAUGGUCGAGCCCGUUAAAAUCACGAUUGGCUGCGGCGGCAAGGAGACGGAGAACGGCGCCGUCGAGCUGCAGGCCAACACACGCAUUACGCAGCGCGUCGAGGUCCUGGACGGCAAGGACAAGGAGUUUCGUCUGCUGCAGGUGCUGAAGCAGGCGCAGCAGGGCAGCAAAAAGAAUGACCGCAUCUUGGUGUUUUGCCUGUACAAGAAGGAAGCUACACGCGUGGAAAACUUUCUCAGCCGCAAGGGGAUCCGCGUCGGCGGCAUUCACGGCGAUUUGCGCCAGGAACAGCGUACCAAGGCGCUCGAGUCUUUCAAGCUGGGUCACACGCCUGUCCUGGUGGCGACUGAUGUCGCUGCCCGUGGGUUGGAUAUCCCCGAGGUCAAGCUUGUCGUCAAUGUUACUUUUCCCCUGACAAUCGAGGACUACGUCCACAGAAUCGGCCGUACUGGCCGCGCUGGCAAGACUGGUGAUGCCAUUACGUUCUUCACGGCGCAAGACAAGGCCCACUCUGGCUCGCUCGUCAAUAUCCUCAAAGGUGCCAAUCAGCCCGUACCGGACGAACUGCUCAAAUUCGGCACGACUGUCAAGAAGAAGACGCACGACAUGUAUGGGUCUUUCUUCAAGGACGUUGACAUGAAUCAGAAGGCGACCAAGAUUACGUUCGACUAG